AGAGUGGGCGCCAUGGACGUGUCCAGCCACAGCCUGUACCUCCUGCAGCAGCUGAACGUUCAGCGGGAGUUCGGCUUCCUGUGUGACUGCACAGUUGCCAUUGGCAACGUGUACUUCAAAGCCCACCGGGCGGUACUGGCGGCCUUCUCCAACUACUUCAAGAUGAUCUUCAUUCACCAGUCCAGCGAAUGCAUCAAAAUCCAGCCCACAGACAUCCAGCCGGACGUCUUCAGCUACCUGCUGCACAUCAUGUACACGGGCACCGGCCCCAAGCAGCACGUGGACAAGGCCCGCCUCCAGGAGGGCAUCAAGUUCCUCCACGCCUACCAGCUGUGCCGCAAGCCCGGCGAGCUCGGCCCGGCGGACGCCGGCUCCCCGGACGGCCGCAUGUCCAACCUGUACGGCAUCCAGAUCUCCUCGCAGCUGCCCGGCAAGGAUGGGGCCGCCGUCAAGGUGGGCGCCGGCAGCAGCGGGCAGCGGGACCCCGAGGGCUCGCGCUCCACCAGCCGGGCGGACUGGCCCGGGCGCUCGCACCACCACGCCCAGCCCUCGCAGGCGGUCGGCUUGGUGGAGGGCGUCGUCGCCUCCGUCGACCCCCAGCCAGGCGGCAUGCGCCCGCUGUCCUCCCUGGCGUCCGGGGACAGCUCCGACAUCUCGGCCAGGAUUAAAGAGGAAAGGCUGGAGGAGGAGGAGGAGGAGGAGGAGCACGCCGAUGGUGGUGGUGGUGUUGGUGGUGCGUGUCGUGAUGAGGACAAGGCCUCGUUGCGGGCUCUGGGGGCUCGGGCGGCGGCGCUCUCCCCGGCCCAGGGCGGCCUGGGCCUGGCACUGCAGUGCCCGCGGUGCGGCGAGCGCUGCCUGUCCCCCGAGGGGCUCCAGGAGCACCUCAUCACCCACGCCGCCUGCGCUCUGGAGCCGCUCAUGGAGGGAACGCCGUCGGAGGACGCGGAUUUGGGCGGGCCGGCCGGAGCCGAGGAGCACCGCAGCACGUCCAGGGAUCGGCUGGACGCCGGAUGCCUGGAGGAGGCCCUGCGGCAGAGUCAGGCCCUCGCGGACGAGAUCGCGGCCGAACUGAGGCGGAGCGCCGGCGGCGGUGGUGGUGGUGGUGGUGGAGGCAGCGGCACGGGGGGCUUGGUGGGGAUCGGAGGCUUCGCCAGCGGCAGCACGGUACCCAUGGUGGGCCUGUUCACCCGCAAGAGGAAGAUUGUAUGCGCCGUGUGCAACCAGCGCUUCUCGCUCAAAAGCCAGCUGCAGGAGCACAUGUUCUCGCAGCACGUGGGCAAACAAGCGCGUCUCGCUCAGCACCAGCACCAACAUCAACAGCAGCAGCAGCAGCAGCCGAGAUACAAUCGCCUUUGCAACCAGCUGCUGCAGGCGGCCUGCGAGGGGACGACAGGCGAUGGGGGCCUGCUACAGGGCGCCGGGACAGGACCAGGGGACGGGAUGAUGAACAUCAACGAGGAGGGUGGGGGGGUGGCCUCCCGGGACGGCCAAGACAACGGCAGCUCCUGCUACUCUUUAGACUCAGAAGUGUCCCAUGAGAGCAUGGACGCUCUCCCUGCUGAAUAGCAGAGGGGGAACAUGGGGGAACGCAUUCACGAAUGUAGAGUGGAACACUUACAAGCAGCAUACGUAUGAACUCUCUUCAUCCAAAGAGAGAGAGAGUGUGUAUUUGGAAAAUGAAUGGCACUUACUUAUACUUACUUUUACCGUCUUUUAUGUCUGUUUCAAGUAGCCUGAAUAUAUUUGGUAGGUACAAGUAACUAUGGGGAUUAUGGUAAUGGAGGUUGCCAUUUUUUUGUUUUGUUUUGGGUUUUUUUUUUGUACUUAGGGUCUUUGUGUCUCGGCAUUGUCUGAAUUGUGUUCUGUUCGAUGUAUUUUUAAACUGCAUACAUUGAUCCCUGAAAACAUCAGUGUAGUUUUUAUUUUUCAAUAUGAAUGUGGUUCGAAAACACUAAGUCCAAGAAGCGCCUUGGAAUUGUAUUUUGUAUUACAUUGGAUGGAAUGCUUCAGACUUGCUAAAUGAGUUAAAUGAAUGAAACAAGCUUGCCGUGCCUUAGCCGGUUUUGUGUAAGGACACUACCCCAGCAAAUGCACUUGUUCCAGAAAAGUCCUAAACCAGACUCGUGUUUUGGCAUUCUGACGAUUAAGUCUCCAAAAAGAAACAUAUUUGCUUUGAAAUGUUUUAAAGCAUGUUUUGUUUGGGGAGGAAGAAAAAGUAUUUGUAAAUAAUCAAAAUGGAGCCUAAUGCUGUUGCGUCUGCUAGCUACAACAGCCUAAACAGUAGGGCUGUAACGAUAAAUCGUUAACCGAGAAAUGGUGGUACUCAGAGUCACGAUACUGUAUCGUGAUGUAAGGAGGCAGUAUCGUGAUACGUCCUUUCAAAGUUUUGUUAUCCUUCAGUCCAGAAAACAACCAUAUGAUUCAAUGUGAUAAUUCUUCCAAUCUUCCAAAUGAGAUACAUUUCAGAAAUCGUGGGGUGUAUCAAAGUGUAGGUCAAAAAUCGUGAUACGAACCGAAUCGUGAGUUGAGUGUAUCGUUACAGCCCUACUAAACAGAGCUCUAAAAGAAACUCUACAUGCUUCUGAAAACCUUUAGGUGCCUGUCAGGUCUUUACAAUACCUUAAGAGGGCCUGCGUGAAGCUGUCCCCCCCUCAGGCCGAAAAUGCUGAAAUAACACUGCCGAUUGUAUGUGCUAUGUUUGUGCCGGAUAGUGCUGUAAAAAAAAUGUUGUGCUAUUAAUAACAUAAUAGCAUAAUAAUACAAUAAAAGAGCUGUAACUUUACAAAACAAGUUAUUGAAGCGUUAAUUUUCACAGCACAAAUGAGCACCAAGUAAUUGCCUUCGAUUGAGACUACUUUGGAGAAAUUUGGACGUGGAGGGGGGACUGCGUGAUAUCACUAGUCAGAAAAAUGUAUUAAAAAUGUAUGAGUAUUUGAGUAUUUAAAUUACUCAAAAGCCUUAAUAGCACAAACGAACAUUUUCACAGCACUAUCCGGCACAAACAUAGCACAUACAAUCUGCAGUGUUAUUUCAGCAUUUUGGGUCUGAGGUGGGUCCAGUUUCACGCAGGUCUUAACAGGCAGCCUCUCUCAAUGGCACAACAGGAAAGCCAAAUGAGUUUUACUUCAGCGUCUCUGCUGUGUGCUAAUAGCCUCAAUGUUUUGUCACGUAGUCCUUAAAUGUGUAAUCGAAUUUGGUUUGAGCUCAUUGACCCUCACUAGCUAUGUGGUUGUGCCCAAACAGAAGGACAACAUCGAAUCAAUGUCCUCGUUUGGCUGGUGAAAUUUAAUUUUCCAUGCCCCUAAGAUGAUGGCAGAUGAGAUAUUUAUAUCUGGCAGUCAGUGAUAUCUAAACUGGAGCCAUAUUGGCCGCAUGAUGCAGUGACUGAAAGGAACACGCUUAAUUUCAAUGGCCACGUCCUUCACUUUUCAACCCAAGGUGUAUUUGAAUUGUAUAAUAGUGCACUGCAGUAUUUUGACUCCUCAAAACAUUGUUUGGUCCCAAAUAGCCAAGUUCAUUACACAUCAAAACUUAUUCUAAACCAGCUAAUCUCAAUGAAGGGAAUGAAUCUAAUGGCAAGUGUGUUGAGGAAAAUGUGAUGUUUGAAAAACUGAUGUUUUUACUUUGUAAGACUUGGAAUGACACCGCUGCAGGUCUAAAGUUUGGUUUCUUUAAGAGACCCUAAUCCUGGAUUGUCCAUGCUGUUGGAAUGUGCUGAUAACUGCAGUUUUGUCAGUUUCAUGUUUUAUUGUGCUGUGAUUGGUUUGUGAAAACCUGUGUAACCCUUGCAGGUGUGAUCUUCAUUUGUGUACAUUGUGACCAGUAAGGUGUGUUUGUAUGAACUUCAACUUGCCAGUCAAUGUAAAUUGUAAAACCACUACAUGCUACCCAUUUACCAGAAUAUUUUUGGUAAUAAACUUGUUUUUUCCAAAAUGUA